GCUAAACCGGUUCUAUAUAAGCUCCCGUAACGGAAAAUUCAACGUUAUUAACCGUUCGGCAAGCCACUUAACUGGUCCCGCUGAACGUCGACUGACAUUUAUUUAAAUAAUUUAUUUCUACGUUAGUUCAAGCAAACUACUUCAAUAUGCGUGAAUGUAUCUCAGUCCACGUUGGUCAAGCGGGAGUCCAGAUCGGUAAUGCCUGCUGGGAGCUGUAUUGCCUUGAGCAUGGCAUCCAGCCUGAUGGUCAGAUGCCCACAGACAAAACCAUUGGUGGUGGUGAUGACUCUUUCAACACUUUCUUCAGUGAGACCGGAGCCGGCAAGCACGUCCCCAGGGCUGUGUUUGUUGACUUGGAGCCUACAGUAGUUGAUGAGGUUCGCACAGGCACAUACAGACAGUUGUUUCAUCCAGAACAACUUAUCACUGGUAAGGAAGAUGCUGCCAACAACUACGCGCGUGGUCACUACACAAUCGGAAAGGAAAUCGUAGACCUAGUCCUUGACAGAAUCCGCAAGCUUGCUGACCAGUGCACUGGUCUUCAGGGUUUCCUUAUCUUCCACUCAUUCGGAGGAGGCACUGGAUCUGGUUUCACAUCUCUUCUUAUGGAGCGUCUCUCAGUGGACUACGGAAAGAAGUCUAAGCUUGAGUUCGCUAUCUACCCAGCUCCCCAAGUCUCCACUGCUGUUGUUGAACCCUACAACUCCAUCCUCACCACCCACACCACCCUGGAGCACUCAGACUGUGCCUUCAUGGUCGACAAUGAAGCUAUCUACGACAUCUGCAGACGUAACUUGGACAUUGAACGCCCAACAUACACUAACCUGAACAGGCUUAUCGGUCAAAUCGUUUCUUCAAUUACGGCCUCCCUGCGUUUCGACGGCGCACUCAACGUCGAUCUUACCGAGUUCCAGACCAACUUGGUCCCCUACCCACGUAUCCACUUCCCGUUGGUCACCUACGCCCCAGUCAUCUCUGCUGAGAAGGCGUACCACGAACAGUUGUCGGUUGCCGAAAUCACCAACGCUUGCUUUGAGCCCGCAAACCAGAUGGUAAAAUGCGACCCCCGUCACGGCAAAUACAUGGCUUGCUGCAUGUUGUACCGUGGUGACGUCGUUCCUAAGGACGUAAACGCUGCCAUUGCUACCAUCAAGACCAAGCGCACCAUUCAGUUUGUAGACUGGUGUCCUACCGGUUUCAAGGUUGGUAUUAACUACCAGCCACCCACUGUUGUUCCUGGUGGUGACUUGGCCAAGGUACAGCGUGCCGUGUGCAUGUUGUCUAACACCACUGCCAUCGCUGAGGCUUGGGCUCGUUUGGACCACAAGUUCGACCUUAUGUACGCCAAGCGUGCUUUCGUCCACUGGUACGUCGGUGAGGGUAUGGAGGAGGGAGAGUUCUCCGAGGCCCGUGAGGACUUGGCAGCUCUUGAGAAGGACUACGAAGAGGUCGGUAUGGACUCUGCUGAGGGAGAAGGCGAGGGUGCUGAAGAGUACUAAUUUAUUUUCAAUCAUUCCGCACCAAACGUGAAUAAAAGAAUUUGAUUUA